AUGCCUUCUGGACAUUAUGAAACAGAUAUUAAUUCUUCAACAGUAUUUAACUGUACUGUAUAUAAUUGGUCAAGUGAAACAGAUAAAGUUAUCAAGCUUUAUUGGCGUAAGAGCUAUCCUCCGAAUACAGUGUCGGUAAAAAAUCAUACCGGAAAUAAGCAUAGCAACAUAACCACACAAUUACUUUUCAAUCAGAUUACUAGUGAAGAUGCUGGUGAUUACUACUGUACGGCAACGGAUAAGAAUAAUAAUAUCCGUGCUGAAACGCAAUUAGUACAGCUCGUAGUUCGAGGCAGUAACUACUACGGAGAAACACGAGUAUGCUCGAAAAGACUGAAUGCGAGUAAAGAAGCUGUACCCUUAUCUCCAGUUAUUAAUAAAGUUAUAACUGAUAGUGAAUCCCAUUCUGUGAACAUUGAAUGGCAUAAUCCAUACACUGAUGCCCUAAAUGAAGCUUUAAUUGCUGGUUAUAGAGUCUGUUAUCGAGAAAUUUAUCCAAUAAUAGAGCAAGUUCGAGAGCGAAAAUGUAUAGCUGUCAAUGAAGUCGAAUCUAGAUCCAUUAUAUUAACUAAGCAAAUGAGAUACGGCGCAAAUUACGAAGUUAAUGUAGCUGCUAUUGGUAAGAAUGGAAAACAAAGUGCAUUAUCAAAAUCGAAAUACGUCUAUUUUCCUGAAGCAGAACCCGAAGGAAAACCGUUAAAGCUGCAUUUUCUUUGUAAUCCACAAGAUGAAUAUAAUAUCUUAUACAAUUGUCAUUUGUCUUGGGAGUUUCCAAUUAAUCAAACCAAUGGCAACUUAACCAGAACAUAUAUUACUAUAACUGAAAGAGAUACAGACUUCAUUACGUCCUAUACUUUCAAUGAUGGAUCAUUAAGGCAAUUUUCUCUCUUUAAUAUCUCAGUCGAAGAACCUUAUCUUGUUCAAAUUAUAAUGGCAAACGCCGUUGGCAAUAGCUCUGUAGCAGAGUCGAUUCUUACAGUAGAGCCGCCAGAUAUAGAACCUACUCUUGGUAUAACAGAUGGGUAUUAUGGUGCUACAGAUUCACAGACAGGAACGCCAGACCAGCAACCAAAUAUGAUAGAUAUCAAUGUUGUCAUCGUGGCAGUUGUCCUCGUUUUAUCCGUAGUAAUAUUACUAGUAAGCGUUAAAAUCUAUCAAGUCAUGGAAAGAAAAAACAGAAUGAAAUUAUCUAAAUACAUAUUCCUUGGAUGUUGUUUCUAUAAAAAUAAAUCGACAAUACCAGAGCCAUUGGUAGAUCAAGGAUUGCGUCCAUUACCCCCAGCACCAUGCCAAGCGGAAUACUAUGAAGAUUUUGAUUACGAUGAAUUGAACAAUAUUGAUGACAAUAAGCCCGAAAAUGAGACUCCAGGUAGUACUUAUGAAGUUCUUCCUUCCUUUAAGAACAAGAUCGUCAUGCCUAGUACGAUAUCCCUAGAUUUAGAUAAUAUGAGUUCAAGAAACAGUCAGAAUCAUCAUCUAGCUCAAUUAAAGGGCAAAGAUGAAGGUACCUCAACUCUUGGCUAUGGACAAGAAUUAUGCUUACAAAUGUCAACAAUUAGUGCCUUUGAUACAUCAACAUUUAGUGGUCACUCAUCAGAAGAUUACCCACAGAUUUUUUCUUGUAGAUAUGAUACAUAUAAAACAUAUGAAAGUACUGUAUAG